AUGGAGGAGCCCUGCGCCGUCGAGGCGUCUGGCUGGACGCCCUUGCCGCGAGGAGACCCGCUUCUGUAUGAGGUGCUGCAGCUGCUGCUCCACUUUGUCUGCUCCCCAGAUGCAACACCGCCACCCACUUCGUUAGCUGCUGCAGCGGCAGCACCGGAAUCAGCAGGUGCUGCAGCACCUGUGCCUGCAGAAGAGCAGCUGUCUUCUGACCAGCUGGCACCAAGGGGCUCUUCAGUCGAGGUGACACAGGCGUUGAACGCGUUGUUUGAAAAUGCAGCAGCAGCAGCUGCUGCAGCAGGACCUGCAGUGCCCCCCGGGACCGCAAGCAGCAACCGACAGUUUGACAGUCAGUGGGUGCAGAAACUGUGGAGAGCCCACUUCAGGCAGUACCUCGACCCCCGGUGCAGCUCCUUCGCAUCGAAAUCUGUUGCUGCAGCAGCAGCUGCUGCUGCAGCUGGAGCGGAUGGCUUUGAUUCUGAUUUAUUCACCACGCAGCAUCUCGAAAGCCUACAGGGCUUUGCUGCGUGCCUAAUGCAGGCAGCAGAAAGCGUCGCCAAACCUCUGACAGCAGCCAAGGGAGCAGUAGCAAGCAGGCCGUCAGCAGCAGCAUCGGCAGCCUCAGCAGCGGCAACGUCAGCAAUGGAAGCAGCAACAGCAACAGCAGGGCAGCAAACUAGACCAUCUUUCGAAACGGAAGACGCCCAUAGCAAGGGAAUUUUGUCGCCCAGUCAUGCUGUUGCAGCUGCUGCAGCUUACGCUCAGCUGUGCUGCUUGUGGCUUAAUCAGCUAAUGCAGCAGCAGCUGCUGCUGCUGAUGGAGCACCACCAGGCAAGUGGAAUAGAGGGGAGGCUUCAGCGUAUCUUCCGAAUGCUGCAGCGAGUCCUCCUUUUUCUUUCUCCCCUCACUGCGCCCAUCGUAGACAGCAACGACAAUGGCCACAGCAUCAGCUACAACAGCAACAUUAGCUACAGCAGCGGUAGCGGAAAAAGCCAAGGAGGAGUUGCCACCUGCUCGUCAGCACUGUUCUGUACAUGCUGGAGGGUGCCUGCUCAGAGGCUGGAGCAGGAUCCUUCAGAGCAGCAGCCGCAGCGGCUGCUGCUGGUGCAGCAAGCCACGCCUGCUUCAGCCGUGGCCCUGUGCUUUGCCCGCCGCUUCCUGAGGGGCUUCUCAUAUGCAACAUGGACAGCAGCAGCAGCAGCAGAAGGCGUGAGAAAGCAAAGGACCACUGCACUCCUGAGGCAGUUUGCCGCUUUCACGGCAACAGAGGCUCCCCGCAAUGCGCUGUUGCAGUCAAUUAGGCUCCAGACACAGCAGCAGCAGGUGCUGCUACUGCAGAACGACGUCUCUCUGCUGGAGGGGCCGCUGCAGCUCUGCGUCUCUACUGUGUUGCACUCGCAAGCAGGCAGCCCUCCAGCCGCUGCAGCAGCAGCAGCAGGCCUUAGUUGGGGUAUUUCGUCUCUUGGACCACAAUUGUGGACACUCCCAUGCAUGCAGGAUUUGCUCUUUGGCUGUCCAGUGCAGCAGAUGCCAGCGCAGCAGCAGCAGCAGCAAGUGCCGGUCGGGCUGCAGCACGAAGAGAGGCAGCAACGGGGGCAGUACCGAAUCUUCUGGCGUUUGCUGGAGAUGUUGCAACAGCAGCAGGAGAUAUAUGCUUCAAUUCCUGUGGCAUCCUUGUUUGUGCAGCUGCUGCUGGACAGCCGCUUCUGGAGGGAAGAGCUCCCUGAAGCAUCGGGGUCCCCAAUUGAGGUCCCUCACUGCUGCAGGGAGCUGCUGAUUGGCCUUUUGCUCGAACUAUUAGCUGAACAAGGGCAGCAGCAGCAACGGCAGGCUGCCCUGCAGUUGCUACAGUGCGUACAACUCGCGCCAUCUGCCGCAACUGCAGGAGCAGCUGGGGCGGAAACGCUGUCGAAAAUUUUUAGCCGCCUCAGGCCACUCGCCAAGACUGCUCUGCUGCGCUCGUUACUGGUACAACAGCACGAACCAGCAGCCAAAGGAAGCAGCGGUGCCUUGAAGCAGGAGCAGCAGGCAAGUGAGGAGUCAACUGGUGGUUGCUGCACACUCUCGUCACCGGAGGGGCAGCUGCAACUGCUGCAACUCCAGCUGCGCUGCAUUGAUGCAGUGACGGAGGCCGAACAAGAGCUGGACGACGAAUGCAAACUACUGCUGCUGCAGCUGUGGCUCGAACAGGCUCCUCAAGGCCCGCUGCUGCAGUUACUGCAACAAGAUGAGCAGCAACUUAAAUUCGUUGCAGACGAAGCUUUGCGAGGCUGGCAACAUCACCGACGGAGUGUACAAGCUGCUGCUCGAUCUGUUUGGGCAUUGCUGCUGCAGCGCUGCUCCGAAGGGGUCCGUGUAGCAGCAGGUUCAAUCAACAGCAGCAGCAGCAGCAGCAACAGCUGUAGCAGUAGCAACAGCAGCUUCGAUCUAUUGGUCACGCCUUAUAGACGCUUAUUCUGUCUACCCACAGCUUGCAGGAAGGCGCUAUAUCAGGCCCUGGCUCCUUUGGUACACGCGUUGGGAGCCGCUCGCGUGCUGCAGCUGCAGCCGUAUUUGCUGCAGCAUCUGCUUUCGCAGCUGCAAAACAGGUCGCUACGUUCGGCUGCUAUGGUGGCCCUGCGUGCGCUUUGUGAAGACCUCAGUAAGCAAGACAGACAACAGCAGCAACAGCAACGACAGCUGCAGCAGCAGCAGAAGCAGCAGCAAGAAGGAAAAGGCAGCACUCAUCCGACCCGACGCGGACGUACGCAGCAGCUCUGCUAUGUCCCCUCGCAAACCCUUCGGAGCUUCUUGAUGGGACCCCUACAAAAUGCUUUGACUGGAAACAGCUACACUAAGUGCUGCAGUGAAAUAGGCCUCCAGAAGCAGCAAUGGCAAGAGGAACAGCAGCAGCAAGGACCUCGGGAAUACGCGCUGCUGCUACCCGUCCAGCUGCCAGCAACAGCAGAUGCGUCUCCUGGGGAGGCCCUUGACGAGACGAUGCUGCCCCUGCUGCUGCGACUGGAACCUUCUGCCGCAGCUCCGCUGCUGCUCUGCCUCCGCGAGCAGCGCCCUCUGGAAGCGGUCGAAGCCGCAGGGGCAACGGCGGCAGCAGUAGCGGAAGCACUGACCGUAGAGGCAGGGGCGGCAACGACAGCAGCAGCACCACCAGCAACAGAUGCGCGUUUGAGUGGCGUUGCACUUGGCGAUGCUCGUUCGUCCUUCGAUGGCCCUGGGAGGCCCUGGAGCCCUAGUGAAGCGGCAGUUCUGGCAGCAGCGAGAGCUGCUGGGCUCGCCACAUGGGAAAGAACAGAAGGGCUUCAGGAUGAUUUCAGCUCUUGCUGCAGCGGGAAACCCAACAGCAGCGCGUGCAGCAGCAGGAACAGCAGCAGCUCCUGCUGCUACGGCUGCAGGAGCGGCGGGUGUGGGGGCUCCUGCUGCGGUGCAGUUACCUUCGUAGUUCGAGGCUGCACCAGCGCAGCUGUUCCUGUUUGCUAUCGGGUCUCUCCCGGGCGGCUGCGUCAGGGCCUGAGCAGCGGGCAGCGGCGGCAGCGCAUGAGAUUGCUGGAGGCGCUGACUCUGCAUGCACACUCGACAGCAGCACCAAACUGCCAGGAGCUGCAGCUCCUACUGUUUGCUGCAGGGCUCCAGCUGCGGAUGGGAUCGGCAGCCGAACGAUCCCAAUUCGUUGCUGCUUUCGAACGACUGCUCCUCAGAGCUCGCAACGCCUUUAGAGUGCAGCUUGCUGCACAGACAGAUGCCACCAUACAGUCUCUUUCACGUAGUGGCUGCUGCUGCUGCAGGCCCCAGCAGCAGCAUCCAGACACCUGCCUUGUGGCGUUUUCGCCGAUGCAAAGGGAAAACCAGCAACUGAAGCAACAGAAACAAGGGGCUGCCUGCGGCGGUGCGUUUGGAUGCUUUUUGCUGUUCCUGCAGCGGCUUCAUUGCCGCUGUCUUCUCUCCUGCUACCCGGGGGCGCCUCCUGACAGGGUGCUGAUUUGUUUGGCGUUGCUGCGUUCCCUUCACUCAAUUUGGGGCCUGGGAGCGCUCCCUCAGCAGCAUAAAAAGAAAUCAACGGUGCUGCAAGCUGCUGCUGCUGUGAACAGCAUUAGCUCCAGCAGCGCAAGCAUCAGCACCAACGGAAACCAGCAACAAUGGGCCCCCGAGGCAGGAGCAGAAAUGGGCUGUGCCGUGGGAGCUGCUUUGGGCUGGGUGGCGCCCGCCGUGCGGCAGCAGUUGCUGGCGAUGCUGCCGGUAGUCAACGGUCCUGCGCCGCGCAGCCUCUUGUUGGAUUUGCUGCAGCUUUUGCCCAACGACUCUCCCGCUGCUGCCACCAUUCCAGUACCGCAACAUCCGCAGCAACUGCAGCAGCAGAAGCAGCAAGUGCAGGCGCAGCAGCAGCUGCAGCGAGCACAACGUCAGGAGCAGCAGACGCAUAUGCAGACGCAGCAACGGACGGAAACGCAGGAGAAGCAGCACCAGGCACAGCAGCCGUGCCAGCAGCCGCAGCAGCAUACCCUGUUGGACCCAUUGGAGGGCAUAAGAAGGCGAGUUUGGGGAGCCGUUGAGAUGGCGGUUUCCAUUAGGCAAGAUUAUUGUGCUGCAGGGACGCUGCAUUUGCAGCUGCUGCUGCAGCAGCUGUUCACGGGUCCGGCAGCAGCAACUGCAGCUGCUGCUGCUGCAGCCAGUGCCUGCCAGCACCCUGCAGCUUCUGCUGGUUCUGCUUCUCUUGGAGGUGCUCACUGUGAGUUACCUGCCUUCGUUCUGCAGCAGCAAACUAUUUUCUGUUCUGCACUUGAGGAGGCCCUUUUACAGCUGCUGCCGCCAGCCCUUCGGGUCACUGCAGAAGCGGAAGCAGUAGCACCUUUACCGCUUAGCACCGGCAGCAGCGGACAUGGCAACGGCAACCUAAGCAGCACCAGCUGCUGCAGUUGCAUGUGGCACUCUUGUGGCGAGCUUUUGCGGGUAUUGUGUAUACUGACAGCAGCAGCGGAAGUUCGUCUCACUGCAGUGCAACGGAGCCCCUUGGCGCUGGCUGAGCCGCAGAUGGGGUUGCACGGGAUUCUUGGGCUUCUGGAGGUCUGUCUUGUGACAAUUAAGCCCACUCUGUUGCAGAUUAACUGUAGCAACAACAGCAAGACAAGCAGGUGUAGGUGCAAAGAGGCAACGUGCGCCUGGAGGGACUGGCAGCAACGGGUGCUGCUGGUGCUGUUGAGCAUUUGUCGUUGCCUUACAUCAUUCGUUGCUGCUGGGGACGAAGACGACACACCCCAGCUACCUCUGCUGGACACAGACGCACAUGCAGCAACAGCAGCAACGGCAACAGAAGCACGAGCAGCCGCAGCAUCAGGGCAGCUGGAGGAGACGGCCAAUGAUCAGGCACCGGCUACUGCCGGCUUUCCCAGCAGCAGCCGCAGCCACCCGCCUCAUUUGCACCAGCCACCGCGGCAGCAGCCAGAGCAGAAGCAGCAGCACCAGAUUCAGGUGGAUUGUCGGGGGCACUUGGUGGUUUGUCGCGAGGACGGCGAGGACACAGAAACGCAACAGCAGCUUCUGGCCUUUUGUUCCUGGAGGGCCGUCAAGGGCGCCACAGAGUGCCUUACUGCCUUCUGCAAACUCGUUCGGUUUGAUCAACAACCAGCAGCAGCAACGGCAGGGGAAUCUGUAACACCACCAGCGAUCGCAACAACAGCAACACCAGCGACAGCAGCAGCAAGAGUAGGAGCAAGCAGGGUUGCAGUAGGCACAGGAAAUCGGCACGAUACCGAGGAUUUGGAAGACAUCCAGAAGCAACAAGCACAGCAGCAGAUGCAGCAGCAGUCCUUUCUGCUGCUCAGCGCGGAAGAGGUGGCCGCAGUAGGGUCGGAUCUUAUUGAGUUCCUGUUGGCGUGUAGACAUAUGGGGGCCUUAGAGUUCCUUCACGACGCCCUCGCUGCUCUGUGCUUUAAACUCAGCUCUUUUAAGGGGUCUCCCCUGCAGAGCCUCACCCGUCAGUGGGCAGACGAAGUCCUUUUGCUUUUAUUACCAAGUGCCUCAGAAGCUGAGCCGGACGAACAGCAAAAACAGCGUCAACGAAAUGCACGGCAGCAAGCUUCGGAACGAUGCGCACAGCAACAGGAGCAGCAGCAGCAGAAACCGCAGGAACAGCGCCACCCAGCAGCAGUUUUUCUAGGCGCCCUCGGGAUGCCUCUGAGAGGGGCAAAAGGGGGGGCCUUGGAUUUUCGUCUCCUGCUGCACGUUGUCUCCUGCCUCUUGCCGUUGGCCGCCGGCCGGUUGCGGCCUUUCUUCGCAGGAGCUUCAGACGCCCUGAGCGCGCAAGUCCAUGCGCUCAAUUUGCUGCGAUCGUUCGUUGCCACUUCUCCUGAGCUCGCAGCGUGCGAUGUGUUGCCAGCAGCAGCAGCAGCAGACGACGCACUGCGGGGCUGCUGCAGUUGCAACAGCAGAUGCAACAGCGCCGACAGCGGGAGAAGCACCAGCGGCUAUAGCAGCAAUAGCAGCAGUAGAACGCACAAGCAGCAACCCACGGGGACUGCAGGGGUUCCUCCUGAAGGUCCUUCUGACCCGUCGACGUUCGUUGCCGGAGAGGCUCUAGCGACCGAGACCCUUGAGCCGUCUGUGCACCCCAGAUCUAGCCGCCCAAUGGCCCUUGCUGUUGCAGCUCUUGCUGUCUCCAUUCAAACUGUCGCCUCAGCAGACUUUCCCGUGCGCAGCGCCGCAAGUUCUCUUCAGGUUGCCGCCACCAAGCGACUGGCAGGCACUGACGACGAAACCCAACGCGCGUCAUCAAACCCCUUUGAGUUUUGCAGCGGAGCUGCUCUGCGCACAAUAUCGGGUGCAGGGAGUGGCCUACUGUCCAUCGACUUCUUGUCCCUUGCUUCUCCCCAGCUGCGCCCCCUCUUGGCUCAGGCCCUUACCCCACUUGUCAGUACUGCCAUAAAUCCAACGGCACAUACAAGUGGCAACGGCCGACUGCAGCAAAACAACCCCCAACGCCUCCAUCGGAUCCAGAAGCACCAGCAACAAGACCGCCACGAGCUUGUGGACCAGGCGAACCAGCGGGAACAGCAGCAACAUCGGCUGGUAAUACCACAAAAUGCUGUUUUGCUCGUCCGUGGCCUGGCAGCUCAGGGACCUCCCGGUGCCUCCGAGUUUAUCAGCCGUUUGCCAGUGGGGCUUUUGCCUUCAACAGAGUCAGCUAGGGUGCAGCAACAGCAGCAGCAGCAGCAGGAGGCAGCAGUCGCUGUGUUACUGCUACUGACCCGAACAGACCAUAGCUCCAUCGCUGCUUCUGACCUCCCCGCCCUUGAGACUCUGCUGCAUAAUAGUCCCCCGAACACAAUCUUGACUCAGCUGCGUGAGGUUGCUGCAGUGGGGGCUGCCGACGGCAGCAUCAGUUGCAACUGCUGCUGGUGUAGCAGCAGUUCCUCAAGGGAUGCGAGGGUUAUGGAUGGUUCUGGUACUGCAGCUACUGCUGCUUCGCUGCAGCUGGGUGCACGUGCUCCCUUUGGGCUGGGCUGUGAAGCGGCAGAAGACGGAAAAACUUCAUCUUGGCUGCUGCUUCUGCUGCGUUCCUUGUGCUGCUGUUUGGGCUCUGCAUCGUUUGCUUCCCGUGCCCUCGCAGCGCGCGCUUUGGCUUCCUAUGUUCUGCAGAGAGCCCGCACGUGGGGGGCUGCCAGCCUUGUGGAGGCACUCAUCGCAGCAGCCGCUGGUGCUGCUGCCGGAGCAGCAGCAGCAACCGCUGCUACUCCUGAAGAGGCAGCCAGCUUGCCUGACGCAGUUUUAUCUGGUGCAGGAGUUCCCAGGGCCUCAUCGAGUACUCCUGCAAGUGCGUUUGUUCGUACGGCACCUGCGGAUUGGAUGGGGCGUCGUUUGGACGCGAACGAACGGAGCGGUCUGCUGCUGUUGGUGUUGGAGGUGCUGGGCCGCCCAGAUGCUGCAAAUUUGGUGGAGGAGGCGUUGGGAGCAGAGCACGGGGUCCAGCUGUCUGAUAAGCUGCGGAAACUGAACUGGCAACUGCAGAAGGCAGCAGCGGCAACAGCAGUAGGAGAGGCUAUUUGCCAACGUAGUGCUGUGGAGAGGGUGCUUCUGCUUCAGGUGAUGCGGGCUGUGGCCCUUGUGGCCCCCGAGAGGUACCAAGAGGAGCUGUGGGGCCGCGCUGCCGCCGCCAGCACAGCAGCGCUGGGGCUACUUCCAGAUGACAAAGAAAUAGACGCAGAGGAGUCAGCAGCAGCAACAGCAACAGCCAAGGCCAGAGGACCCUCCUUCAUCAGUCACGUGGGCCUGCCGGUUCUCCAGGCGGUCUCACUGCGUCUCCUUGUGGAGCGGCACCUCAGGCCCCGACAGCCCACUGCAGCGGCAGACGCAGCGGCAGCACAUUUGCGUUCUCUGGGCAGGGUUGCCGUAGUAAUAAAAGGGGCUGUUGCCUUGUCAGUGCACCCGCAGGCCUUGGAGUCGGCGCUGCUAGCAGUGGCCGAUUUAACUAGACCCCUGUGUACUUUUAGAUAUGAGGAUUUGGAGUUUGCUCAGAGGCUUUCUGAAGAUUCACGGUUUACAAAGGGGUUUGGUUCGAGCUUGGGGCAUCAGGCAAAAGCUGACGUCCUGCAUGCAGCGGAAGAUGUAACCGGCGGCCUCACGACGCUGUGGCAGUUGUGUUGGAGCAUUUUGACCAACUGCCUGGGGAUCGGGAGCGGAUCCUGCGAGGUGAUAUCAGAAACAACGGAGUCUAAAAACUCGAAAGCAGCAGCUGCAGCAGCUGGUGUGGCAGCGCCGGCGGCGGCGGCUGCGUCAACCAGCAACGCCGCUGCGGCCGCCUGGACGCGGCUGGGCGCUGCGCUCCUUAGGUGUUCAGCUGCUGCAGCCUGCAGCAGCAGUAGCGGAACAUGCAGCAGCGAGAUGAACACCGUUUCGAUUUGCUUUGAAGCGACGGAGAACCGAUGGGCUGGCCUUUGGGCAUCCGCAGUGCUGCGGUGCGCUCAGCCAGCGCAGGAAGUUGCUGUCAGGCUAAGAGCUGCAGAAGACGAAGACGUCGCCGUGAGGGACGCAGCAGCAGCAGCAGCCUCAGCUGCUGCUGCUGGGCUGCUCUGUCGCCUCCGGUCGGCAACAGCAAGACCCACAGCAGCGUGUGGGCUAGUAGGUGCAGCACCAGUUAGGGAAAGCAACGAGCAGAUGGAAGAAACACUGCUUUUGCUGGCUGCGGCAGCAACUCCGAUCCUCAGCGACGAGCCACACGGCCUGGAGGCAGGCACCCUCUCUCAGCUGCUGCUACAGGUCCUCUCCAGGACUUUUCCUGAAAGGGAUGUUUGGCGGCUGCUGUGGAGACAGCUGCGUGGAGGUACCAUCAGUCCAAGCAGCAUCAGCAACAACAACAGCGCAUCGACAGGGUUUGAAGAAGAAACGGCAACAACUGAGGAGCAGCAGCCCCAGCAGGCAGGCACUAUUGAACAAGAAAAACUAUUUGAAGAGGAGCCAAUGAACAUAUAUGGAGACCCGCUGCUCGCGAUGCAAGUGGCAGCCCGUCUUCUGCUUCUGUUGUUCCUUCAGCAGCAGCAGCAACAGCAGCAGACUGCAAGACCUCAGAAAACCUUGCAGACAGGAAAUGUGCAAGCCGCAGAGGCAGAUACGAAGGGAGGAAAGGAGACGAAGAACCGGGCAUUCACAGGGAGGGAUCAAGCAAAGGGAACAAAAACUGGGGCAACAGUUGCUGCAGUGCGGCAGGCAGUGGUUCUGGCCAGCGCAUCAGCAAUUUAUCAUAAAGGAGCGGCUGUGACUGCUGUACAGGACUUGAGGGGGAGAGUAGCAGCCAUCCGCUGCACCUGUUGGCACUGCGACAGCAACAGCAGUUGCAACGCGCAGACAGCGCCAGCGAACGCAAUACCAACAACAGCAGCACGAGCAUCAGCACUCUCAGCUCAAGAUGCAGCUCUAGCACCAGCAGAGGCAAUAGCAGUGCCACCAACACCAACUGCAGCGGCAGCACUCAGAAAGUCCCAUGCAAACGCUAGGACUCUCUGGUUGAGGAAGGCGAUGAAGAGAGCAGCAGCAGGCGUGCAAGCACUGCACGCGAAGCUUAGCUCCACCGCGUCAGCUGGUGCUACAGAGGCACAGGCUGGGGUCCGUGGUGCUGCAACGUGGGGCCCUGGUGCUGCUGCUCUCUGGGUGCUGCACCCAACGCAGGAGCAUCUGUAUCUGCAAGCGCAGCAGGUGCUGCUGAGCGCAUGGGUCUCGUUGGUGCUAUGGUUGGACUGUGGGCUGUCAUUCGAGGACGCAAAUAUAAGGCGCCUUGCUAUAGCAACCGAGACGUUGAUGCGGCAUUUUGCUACUGCUGUCGCGUUGGGUCAGAACCCUCAGCCUCUUGUGGUUGCUGCUGCUGGAGCCCUCUACGAUAUCCUGAGCUGCUGGGCAGCGGCAGCGGCGGCGGACGCUGCAACAGCGGAAGCAGAAGCAGCAGCAGAACGCAAACGGGAAGACGUGUCGGAGAGCGUUAUUGAAGCAUAG